AUGUCAUACUCCCCUAAUAAUGCCAACUCUUCCGAGUCAAUUUCCCCCCAAUCCCCUUCUUCCUCUUCACUGGCCGGCUCCAUGGCUGUAGACGAGGACUGGGCCGCCUUUUGGGUCUUUUUCUUCUUCGUCUUCGUCUUCGUCACUGCCGGCGAUGAGGCCUUCCUUUUCCUCGAGCUUUUCCUCGAGCCCUGUGCACCUCGCCGUCAGCAUCUUGCAAUGAUCGACGCGUUGUUUACUUAUCAGCCUGUCCUUCUGCCUCCCCCUCACCUUAAAACACGGUUAUCAGCUGUCGUACGAGCAUGUAACCUGACGUUACCUCCGGUCUUGCCUCCUGGCGCCGCCAUCCUGCCUUUGCUGAACACACGCCCCCCAACCUUUGCCACCCUCUUCUCUGCUUGGAUUAUUCCCGCCUCUAGCUCUGCAGAGAUUGAUGGUUGUGAGCUGGAAGGUGGUGGCACGUCUGGAGACAUGGUGGAAAUAAGAUGUGGGAGCAUGGCCUACGAGCUCUAUAAUGACGUUGCCAUGCACGUUAUGGACAGAAUGAAUCAUAUCCAAGAAAUCCUGCAAGACGAAAACGCGGAUCAUGUCAACAAUCUCGUCGAGGUACUCAUGCGCCUCCGAGACAAACUCAACACAAUGGACCACAUUCUCGGUCCUCGGAACCAAGAUGAGGGUGGCGAUGGGAAUGCCAACGGCAAUGGGGGCAGCGGUGGAACCACCAAUAGAGGCCCUAACCCAAUUGCGAGUCGUACAAACACGCAAGCGCCAUGGGCGUACGACAUGCAAGAGAUGCAAAACCUUGCCACCGAAGGCCCAAUGCCCUUCGAGACCCUCCGCGAUCAAAGUUGGUUCAUGCCCGACACGCUGCUUAACUCUCGCACCAAGACUGGAUCGAAGCGAAUCACUCUAUGCGAGAUCAACACCCUUCGUAUGCGUAUUGGACUAAUGGGAAUCCCUGCCAUACGGCUGCGUGAUUGGCAUGCUUUGUUUCCUGCAGGCUUAGAGGAGCCCCCCGACAUGACCUCGAUCAUUUCCAACAGUGAUCCCUUGUCCCAAUUCGACAAGAUCGUCGAUCUCCGGAGUAGGUAUACCCACAGUGGGUCGUUGAAACGGUUUGCGUUGGAUACCCUAGAGGCUCUGCUCGUGCUUGUGGAAACAGCAAGCUAUAUCACUCGCGAAGAUGUCCAGACACCCAUCUCUCCCACUUUUGAGCACAUCUUGCGCUCUCGUUACUCGGCAGACAACACGAAACAUCCAUACGACGGUUGCUCUCUUAGCAAGGAAAUAACGGCUACUACACACUGGCUGAACUCGUAUUUCUACUGGGGCCCGGUCGUCGUCCUUGCACCACCGUUUUUCAUUGACUUUUAUCGGAGCACGGUUUUUUCGAAACGAUUUGGACACCCUGAGAUCGACAUUUGGAUCGGUUUGUGUGAUCACCAAGGGUGUACCCCCGUCGACGAUCGCAAGAUCGAUGCCAUCCAUGCACUUGACAAGUUGAUGCGUGUAGCCUUUGACCACGAGGUCGCAGGAUAUGCUCGUGGGUUGGCAGUCCAAUUACAUUCUUACGAUGUCGCUACCCGUCGCAAACGUCGUCAUGGGCAUGACAGGAAUCAUGUUCUGUCACCGUGA